CUCAUUUCCUUUGCCGAGAAAAACGAAUAAAUUAUCUUUCGUUCUCUCUCCUCUUCUAACUCGCGCACUCUCCGUCUUCCUAUUCGCCGGAACCCUAGCCUGUCUUCCGCCUCUCCUCUUCUUCACUCCGUAGAUGAACGUGCGAUUAGGAAAGGGUUGAGGUUCGACGCCCAGGAUUUUGUCACCGAAUGGAGGGAGGAAUAAACCCAUGGAUUAUGAUGACAAUGAUUUUCAAAGCCAGAAUCUUCAUUUAGCUGGAGAUACUAACAAUGAAUAUCCGCCAGUGUCACAGCCUUAUGCUCUUCCUAAGUUUGAUUUUGAUGACAGCCUUAAUGGGCAUCUGAGAUUUGACAGUUUAGUUGAAACUGAGGGUUUUCUUGGUAUUGAGGGUAACGAAGAUAAUAACUGGAUUGAGGAUUUCUCCCGGGGAAGCAGUGGUGUAGUAUUUAGUUCAAGUGCAGCAGAGUCUUGUGCCAUUUCGAGGCACAAUAAUGUUUGGUCGGAGGCUACAUCAAUGGAAUCUGUUGAAAUGCUUUUGAAGUCAGUUGGGCAGGAUGAAAUAAUUGCAAGAGAGGAUACUGUUAAGAAAUCUGACAUUUGUGAUGAACUAGGUAGCAUAGCGGAACAAAUGGAGCCUAGUGAGACGCUUUGUGUGAACAGUCUUUCUAAAGAGGAAGCAGUGAACUUACAACCCAGACCAUCUUUGGAUGAGACUCCUGGAGAGUCAUCUGUUUCGCUGGAAGAUGUUGGACCAGAACAACCCUUGGUUAAAGAUGCUUUACCAACUGUUGCCCACGAGUUAUCUGCGGAGGGAAGGAGUACCAUCUUGGCCUUAAAAACUGGCAAUGAGGAGGUUGGUGUUACUGUGAGCACGCAGAAUGACGCGGGAUAUGCAGAACAGAUGUUUGUUGAAAAAGAUAAGAUAGGGACUGAGACAACUGAAUGUCUUCUCGACAAAAAGGAGCUUGAAAUUUCUUCAGAUUCAAGAAUGGAAACUGAUCGUACAUGUGGCUCUGUGCAGAGUGAUAUUACUUCUAUUGCUGAUCUGAAUAGAGAUGGAAAGUUGGUUUCCGUCGAGGCUCAUUUUGAUAGCCAUGUGGUCUCAUCUUCUAAAUGUGAAAAUGUGGAAACUAAUGUGGAAAAGCCUGACUUGGUGCCAACUGAGCCAUCUGAUUUCCCAGUGAUGGAAAGAAGAAGCCAAAGUCCGUCAGUUAUUGAGGCAGGUGGACAAGAUGUUUUGGGUUCGUUUAAUGAUUCAGAGGCACAAUGCCAAAAUGUCCAUGUCAGCAUUGCUCAUGCUAGUACAACUAUUGAGACAUCUGUUGAUCUGUAUGCACAGGUAACUAGUGGGAAUAACAUUCCUGCAAGCCUGAGUUGCUCAAUCAUGAGAAUUUAGAAACCAUUGUAAAUGAGUGUGAAUCUUCUAUCCAGACUGAGACACCUGCACAGACUCAUCUAGUUGAAACUUCAGAGGCUGUUCGUAAUUCACCUGUGGAGAUGAUGGGUGAAUCAAGCAAUGCUCGUGUAGGUGGCGUCUCUUGGAAGACUGCUGAUGAUGAAGACAUUGUUCAAGGUUCUGCUAGUCUCGAGCAGAAAACAGAUUUGACUUUCGAUGCCAGUGUUGUUGAUCAUGAUGCCUGUAGCUCUCAAAUUGUGUCUGAAAGAACUGUGUUGAAGUCUUUUGGUAAUAAUUCAGGAGCCUCUGCUUCCAGGCCGUCAGAAUCGAAAUUUCUGUCUGAUACCGUUCCAGGUGACAAAUCGAGGACUAUCGUUAACGAGCAAGAAUGUCAAGCAUCACCUCUCAAUGUCGAUGAGUUAAAACAUCUCAACAAUGACAAAACACCUGCUGCAAGUGUUACCUUGUCAGCAGAUUUAUCAAUCCCGGAAGCAUCCUCUGAUUUGACUGAGAAAGGCUGUGUUUCUGAAACUGAGAAAGUUUCAUCAUCUGAACCUGACAAUGGUCAAACUCUGUGUGGUUCAGGGAGUCAGAUGGACAAACAAGCUUGUGAGCAUAACGAAGAUACUCAAUUCGGUACCUAUAAAAUUGAAGACUGUCCUGUUAAUGAUGGGCCGAAGGAAGUGGAGGCUGAGGACGCUACACGACAAACCGUGCUGCAGAAAUCUGAGGAAAGAAUUCCCGAAGAAAAUCAGGAUGCAGGAUUAAAAAACGUGUCAGGCAAGGAGCUCAAUCCUAACAGGGAGAGUAUAAAUGCACAAUCUGAUGCUGGUGCCGUGGAUAAUCUUGAGCCUGAAAUUAAAAAGGAUGACGAGGAAGAAAAUAAUAAUACUGAAUCCAUGGACGUUAUGAAAGCUGGAACUCCCAUUUUAUGCACUGAAGGUGAUGCGAUUAAAAUAGCAGAUUCUUCAUGCAUUUCUACAUUUCCUGGGCCUUCUGUGGGAAGGGAAAAAGCUAAUACCGAUCCUGAGAAUCCUUCUACUUCCCCCAUUGGCAAUAAACCUUCUAUGCCUGCUGGAUCUCAGGUGGUGAAGAGAAACGAUACUUCCAGUGGUCAGAUGAGCUUAACUUGCGAUACAACUCCAUUGGCAGAUCUGCCAUUUAAACAAGUGGGAGAAGUUUCACAAGCUAUCAACUCUUCAGGAGCUAUACUUAUCUCUCCGGUUGUACUCGGAUCUCCUUUAACUUCUAGAGUAGAGAAAACAGCUGCAAGAGUUUCCAAAGGAACAACUGAGCGUAAGCCAAGGCGGACGUCUAAAUCUACAGUAAAAGAGACUUCCAGAAAAGGAAAUGCUGCAAAGGAGACAACACCUGCAAGGCAAUUACAAAGUGGGGGCAGAAUUAGUGUUUUUAAUCAAAGUUCACCUUCUACUGGUCAGACCACACAUUCUACUGAGAAGCAGCAAAAUCCUCGUGCUGAGAAUCCUGCUGUAAAACCGUUUGGGAGCUUUUCUUUGCCUGCGUCAAGCUUGCCGGACUUGAAUUCUUCUGCCCUUUCAAGUCUUUUGCAACGUCCUUUCACAGACAUGCAACAAGUGCAACUGCGUGCGCAGAUAUUUGUUUACGGGGCUUUGAUCCAAGGAACGUCACCAGAUGAGGCCUAUAUGAUAUCUGCAUUUGGUGGUCCAGAUGGUGGGAAAGGCAUUUGGGACAAACCAUGGCGUGCUUGUGUUGAAAGGACUCAGAAAUCACAUGCUGCUACUCCUGAAACUCCUUUGCAGUUGCAUGCAGAUGCUGGAGGUCCUGAUGUUUUACCCAAAACUGUUCUUCCAGGUAAGAUAGUGACUCCAUCAGUCGGUCAAACCAGUAGCAAAGAGAUUCCUGCAGUAAACCCUGUAAUCCCUCUCUCAUCACCGUUAUGGAGUCUCCCAACACCCCACGAUACUUUACAACCAAGGAGCAUGCAAAGAGGUUUUGCUACUGAUCACCAGCCACUUCUUUCUUCGUUGCAUGCUCACCAAACUCCCCCAGUUAAUAGUAUGGUUGGACAUAGUACCCCCUGGAUAUCACCGACCCCUUUCCGCAGCCCUUGGCUUGCUUCUCCACAGACCAGUGCAUUUGAUGCCGGUACUCGUUUCUCGGUUUUUCCAAUCACAGAGGCUGUAAAGUUGACACCCAUGAAAGAAACAUCUUUGUCUCACUCUGGUGCAAAGCGUCUUCAGAAAGAUCUGAUUGUCCAAAGUGGAACUUCUAGCAGCGUUGUUAAAGGGACACCGUUCUUUGAGCCAAAGGGUGUGGUAGUAGCACCUAGUCAACAUUCUAUUGACGCGAAACCAAGGAAGCGGAAGAAGAUUCCAGUUUCUGAGGAGCCUGGUCCAAGCAUUUUGAAUUCUCAGAAACAGACAGAAUCAGUUGUUUCACCUCUUGUUGCAUGUAUAUCACCAUCUGCUCCUUUUACCUCCUCUCUCGCUAACCUUGCCUCUAACUCUACUGCCCCUACUAACCAUGUCUCUAUCAUGACAGCCGCUCCGAACUUGACCUCUACGUUCUCCCUGGAAAAACCCAGUUCAUCUUUACCAUCCUCCAUUCUUAGCAGUAAUCUAGUGUCUGUGGACCUUGAAAUGAAGCAGAUAUCUGUCUUGUCAGAGGAUGCUGUUUGUAAACUUAAGGAAGCUAUGAGACAUGCAGAGGAUGCUUCUUCUCUUGCUGCUGCAGCUGUUAGUCAUAGUCAGUAUGUGUGGAAGCAGGUAGAUCAACUGAAGAAUGCUAGACUUGAACCGGAAAAUCAAAGCCAAUUAGCUUCUGCAGCCGUUGCCAUAGCUGCCGCUGCUGCGGUUGCGAAGGCUGCAGCUGCUGCAGCUAAUGUCGCAGCAAAUGCUGCAUUGCAGGCAAAAUUAAUUGCUGAGGAAGCUUCAAUUUUGAAUAGGUCUGAUCAUGGUAAUGAACUCUCUAAAAUUGAAGGUAGUAAAAUUCUAGGACAGGCUACUCCUGCAUCUAUCUUGAAGUGUAAUGGUGCAUCAAUUAGUUCUAGUUCGGUUCUUACUGCAGCUAGAGAGGUUUCUAAGAAGAGGGUUGAAGCUGCCACAGUUGCCACAAAGCGAGCUGAAAAUAUGGAUGCUAUUGUAAAAGCAGCUGAGCUUGCAGCUGAGGCUGUUUCACAAGCUGGAAAACUUGUCUCGUUGGGUGAUCCUCUGUCAUUGAAUGAGCUGGUGGAGGCAGGUUCAGAUGGUUACAGGAGACACACCCAGGUAUCUCAGGAAGUGGAGCCUUGUCAAAAGGGUGCAUCGGAGAAGAAAGAAAACUUAUCUCUGCAGAAGCGCGCAGAUGGACACCCUGGGUUGGAUGACCUUGUGAAAUCAGCAGAUGGUGUAUCCUGUUCGGUUUCUGCCACUGGAAAGAAGACAAAGGGACCAAAGGGUCAUAAGAUGGCAGAUUUGGCUAAAAGCGAUGUUCUGGAACCAGAGGCUGCGCCAAUAUCUUUAGUCGACACCCAAAUUGAAAGCGGACGAAUCAUAGAAGCUGCAAAUGGAAAUGACAUCAAAGAGGGUUCCAGUGUGGAGGUUUUCAAGGAAGGGCCUGGAUUAAGAACAGGAUGGUAUUCUGCCAAUGUUUUGAGCUUGAAGGAUGGUAAAGCUUACGUGUGUUACACUGAUCUUUCUUCAGAUGAAGGGACAGACAAGUUGAAAGAGUUUGUAGCCCUUGGAGGUGCUGGUGACAUAGCCCCUAAAAUAAGAACUUCGCGUUCUGUUAUUGCGAUGCCAUUUGAAGGAACAAGGAAGAGACGAAGAGCAGCCACUGGGGAUCGUACUUGGUCAGUUGGAGACAAGGUUGAUGCGUGGGUGCAUGACAGCUGGUGGGAGGGUGUUAUUUCUGAAAAGAACAAGAAAGACGAAACUACAUUGACUGUCCAUUUCCCAGUGCAAGGGGAAACACUUACGGUGAAAUCCUGGAAUCUUCGUCCUUCUCUUGUGUGGAAAGGUGGAAGGUGGAUUGAAUCUUCUAGUUCAGGAGCCAGCAUCAGCUCAUUUCAUGAGGGUGAUACACCGAAUGAGAAGCGUCCUAGAUUGAGAAGCCCUGUUCAUGAGGCUGAAGGAAAUGACACUAGUUCGAAGAAUGUUGUUCUGGAAUCAGGGAAACUGCCACAGACUGGGUUUCUUGAGCUGGAGGCUUCGGAAAAAACAUUUAAUAUUGGCAGAAGUACAAGAGAAGAGAACAAGCCCGAUUCCCUUCGGAUGAAAAGGACUGGUUUGCAGAAGAAAGGAUCAAGAGUGAUUUUCGGUGUUCCUAAGCCUGGAAAGAAGAGGAAGUUCAUGGAAGUCAGCAAGCACUACAUAUCAGAGCCUGCCAGUAAGACUAGGCAACAAAAUGAACCGGCUAUCUCUGUCAAACCGAUGGUGCCCCAAAGUUCAGGAUCACGGGCCUGGAGAACUUCUUCUAAAAGUGAUCCAAGAGAGAGGCAGACGACUAUACCCAAGCCAAAGAAUUUCAAACCCGCAUCCAAAUUGAAAGAGAAAGUGGGAGGUGCUGCUAAAACGAUGGCCCAGAAAGAAGACUCACAGAACAUCUCAGCCUCUAAUCUUGAAGCUGAUGAAGCUGCUGAUCAGACAGCUGAGCACAAGGCUACUGUAUCUGGAAUACCUACCGAUAUCCAAUCUGGGGAAACAACAGAAGAGCAAACUGCGUUAUCUUCGCAUGAUACCUCAGGCAUUCCUACUUCUAAGAAAACCUCUGCAAGCUUGAAAGCUGAACGCAUUAACAAAGGGAAAUUGGCUCCUGCUGAUGGAAGGUUAGCCAAGAUUGAAGAGUACGAAGUGCUCGGUAAGAACUCUUCAAAAACGUCUGACAACGUUGAGCCACGUAGGUCUAACCGCAGGAUUCAGCCAACCUCCAGACUACUUGAAGGUCUGCAAACUUCGAUGAUAACCUCGAAGAUUCCAUCGGUUUCACAUGGCAAAAGCCACCAAAGUCAGAGCAAAAGUAGCUCUAGAUGGAAAUAGCAGCUGAAAUGACGAUUACAUCCGAUUGCAAAUAAACCCUAAAGGAAAAAAGAAAAAAAAAAGGUUAGUGCGUGAACAA